UUCUCCCUCUAACUGAUCUUUCUUCUCGUCUUCUUUACUUGUUUUGUUGCUUCCGAGCCCUAACCCAUGGCGGGCGGCGAUGAGCCCCCUUCGAAGCCCGCAGAAGAAUUGGAAUUCUCUCAAGAAGAUGAAACCAUGGCCCUCCUCCUCAAGAAGCCGCCAUCUGUUCGCCGGCGUCGUGUCGAACUCCAUCGCGCCAAGCCCGGAGGCCUCGAGGUCAAGUGCUCCAAGGAUCCCCUCGACGAGGGAUCCAAUUCUUCGCGAACGUGCGAUCAUGACGCUGACGACGGCCUCAUCGGAAUCUUGGCCGCCGGCGGGGAGAUCCAUGGACGGGAGGGGCAGGGGACUCGGCUUCCUUGUCUGUCCCAUGGGGCCGUUUCGAUGAUCGGUCGGAGGCGGGAGAUGGAGGAUGCGGUUGCGGUGGUGCCGGGAUUCGCCGGGAGAGGUGGGUUGUCGGGGUACGACUUCUUCGGUGUGUACGAUGGGCACGGCGGGGCGAGGGUGGCGCAACUGUGCCAGGAGCGGAUGCACGUUUUGUUGGCUGAAGAAGUGUCGGCCGAGGGGUGGCCCUGUGCGGAGGGGCGGUGGAGGGAGAUUAUGACGGCAAGCUUCUCGAGGCUGGACGGCGAGGUGGAGGCAACGGCGCGUGGAGAGUCGGAGAGGACGAUGGGUUCGACGGCUGUGGUGGCCAUGGUGGGGACCAAGCGGAUCGUGGUGGCCAACUGCGGUGACUCCAGGGCCGUGCUCUGCCGCGGCGGUGCCGCUUUCCCCCUCUCCUUCGACCACAAGGCUGAUAGACCCGAUGAGAUGGAAAGAGUGGAGGCUGCCGGAGGGAGAGUUAUCAACUGGGAAGGCUAUCGUGUCCUCGGAGUUCUAGCCACUUCAAGAUCUAUUGGCGACUUCUACCUGAAGCCAUUUGUGAUAUCAGAACCUGAUGUGACUGUGACGGAGAGGACUGAUAAAGAUGAGUUCCUCAUAUUAGCCAGCGACGGCCUAUGGGACGUGGUGUCCAACGAAGCGGCGUGCAAGAUCGCAAGGCAAUCUCUCAAUGGCCGAAUGGCAAGGAUGUUCCCUGAUGCCGUCAGCGGCUCCAACGCCACUGAGGCGGCUGCUCUACUAGCUCAACUCGCCGUCUCUAAAGGGAGCGAAGACAACAUCAGCGUGGUGGUCGUUCAGCUGAAACCACUCCGCAGCAGGACAUCGUGACGAUCGAAUCAAAAUAUCAAAUAAUAUGCUACGCGAUCAAUCAUUCUGCGCAUCAUGCAGAUAGCAGCAGCAGGAACUCAAGCAGAACUUGCCAGCCAAUUAAGUCUUUACUUCAAACCAUAUUGGCGAAGCCAUUAGCAAGAGCUGGAGAAUUUUCAUCUGUCAGCUUCUCUAUACGUUUCAUCUUUCCAAGGCCACUUACAGAAUUUUUCAUAUAAUUAAUCUGGCGCAUGAUGUAAAUAAUUAGCAUGCAUGUUAAUACUGCCAAGUUCCGUCUACUUAGAAAAGUGUUUUCCUCAACCAGA